AUGAAUGAACUCGUCACAUGUAACCUGUGUCAGAUAUAUAGUCUUUUAAUGACUGAUCCGGAAAACCAAAUAGAAAAGAAGCGCAAGAAGUAUCGACGUUUUAUUCAGAAAGGAUUUUGUAUCGAAUAUUUAAUGUGUUACCCGCCCCACCAAUAUUGUCAACAUUACUCGUGUUCUUCUAAAGGCACUUUACUUGGUGAGACCAGUUUUUCUGACGCGUCACCAGUUCCGCGUAGUACCGAACAGAAGGAUAUCUCAACGCAAGACAAUCAUAUACAUAACACCAUUCAACCACCCAUCAUUUGUAAUAGAAUACAAUCUAUCCAUCCGAAAGUUGAACAAGAUAUUCAGCAGUUAGUUAGUAAAACGGAAGAUAAAAAACGACAUGAUGACCUACCAUCCCUUCUACAUCGUUUUCAUAUUAUUUUUGACACCACGAAACAUAAUAUUGCAAACACACCAAUAAAUCACGUUAUUAACACACUUCCACAUUCACCCCCUGCACAACGACCAUAUCCUCAACCAAAUACAGAAGAAUCCAUGUAUAAAAUUUGCCAGGAAUUCUUAAAAGCUGGCCUGAUAAGCGAAUUCCAUUCUCGAUACGCAGCACCGGCGUUAUUACUGAAAAAAUCUGAUGGAAAGAAUCGUCUUGUCAUUGACUAUAAAAAGUUAAAUUUGGUUACAAUAAAAGAUUUGUCCCCCUUCCCUAACAUGGAAAAUACAAUACAAAAACUAGGACGUGGAUAUAAAUAUUUUUCUAAACUGGAUUUGAAAUCCGGCUUCUAUCAAAUUCCCAUAAAAGAAGAGGACAAAGAAAAAUACGUGUAUGUAAGCAAAUUGAAUAUGUACUUAAUCGACAGAAAUAAAGAUGACACAUGACAAGAUCUAUCAGGAAUGUGUUUUAAAAUCUUCAUGGCCAAAUGUACAGGAGCUAGUCUUAAACGGGUAUCUUGAACUGUCUGAUCAAUAUAUUCAACAUUUAGGAAAUGUCAACAAAAUAAAAGUUACAGCCUGUGAUCUGGACGAUAUAUAUGUUAAUUCAACAUUGAAGCU